CUUCGCUUCGCAUUUGAAUCUGGCUCUCCCCUCCGUAUUAUGUCUGCACUCCGAAGGAAAUUUGGGGACGAUUACCAGGUAGUGACCACCUCGUCUAGCGGCUCGGGCUUGCAGCCGCAGGGGCCGGGUCAGGGCCCUCAGCAGCAGCUUGUACCCAAGAAGAAACGGCAGCGGUUCGUGGACAAGAACGGCCGGUGCAAUGUUCAGCACGGCAACCUGGGCAGCGAGACCAGCCGCUACCUCUCGGACCUCUUCACCACUCUGGUGGACCUCAAGUGGCGUUGGAACCUCUUCAUCUUCAUCCUCACCUACACUGUGGCCUGGCUCUUCAUGGCGUCCAUGUGGUGGGUGAUAGCUUACACCCGGGGCGACCUGAACAAAGCUCACGUCGGCAACUACACCCCCUGCGUGGCCAAUGUCUACAACUUCCCCUCUGCCUUCCUCUUCUUCAUCGAGACCGAGGCCACCAUCGGCUAUGGCUACCGGUACAUCACCGACAAGUGCCCCGAGGGCAUCAUUCUCUUCCUCUUUCAGUCCAUCCUGGGCUCCAUCGUGGACGCUUUCCUCAUCGGCUGUAUGUUCAUCAAGAUGUCCCAGCCCAAAAAGCGCGCCGAGACCCUCAUGUUCAGCGAGCACGCGGUCAUCUCCAUGAGGGACGGAAAACUCACGCUUAUGUUCCGGGUGGGCAACCUGCGCAACAGCCACAUGGUCUCGGCGCAGAUCCGCUGCAAGCUGCUCAAAUCUCGGCAGACACCUGAGGGUGAGUUCCUUCCCCUUGACCAACUUGAACUGGAUGUAGGUUUUAGUACAGGGGCAGAUCAACUUUUUCUUGUGUCCCCCCUCACAAUCUGCCACGUGAUCGAUGCCAAAAGCCCCUUUUAUGACCUAUCACAGCGAAGCAUGCAAACUGAACAGUUCGAGAUUGUCGUCAUCCUAGAAGGCAUUGUGGAAACCACUGGGAUGACUUGUCAAGCUCGAACGUCAUACACAGAAGAUGAAGUUCUUUGGGGUCAUCGUUUUUUUCCUGUAAUUUCUUUAGAAGAAGGAUUCUUUAAAGUUGAUUAUUCCCAGUUCCAUGCAACAUUUGAAGUCCCCACCCCACCGUACAGUGUGAAAGAGCAGGAGGAAAUGCUUCUCAUGUCAUCCCCUUUAAUAGCGCCAGCCAUAACUAACAGCAAAGAAAGACAUAAUUCUGUGGAGUGCUUAGAUGGACUAGACGACAUUACCACAAAACUUCCAUCUAAGCUGCAGAAAAUCACUGGAAGAGAAGACUUUCCCAAAAAACUUUUGAGGAUGAGUUCUACAACUUCAGAAAAAGCCUACAGCUUGGGAGAUCUGCCCAUGAAACUUCAACGAAUAAGUUCAGUUCCUGGCAACUCGGAAGAAAAACUGGUAUCUAAAACCACCAAGAUGUUAUCUGAUCCCAUGAGCCAGUCUGUGGCUGAUUUGCCACCAAAGCUUCAAAAGAUGGCGGGAGGAGUAGCCAGGAUGGAAGGGAAUCUUCCAGCCAAAUUAAGAAAAAUGAACUCUGAUCGCUUUACAUAACCAAACACCCCCUUAGGCAUUAUUUAAUGUUUUGAUUUAGUAAUAGUCCAAUAUUUGGCUGAUAAGCUAUUCCUCCCUAAGGAAUCUGAAAG